CUUCAAUUGCCCUCCGCAGAAGUUAUACUUCCAAGCGAAAUGCUUAUUCUUUCACAUGCGCCCGAUUUUGCCUACAAUUUCUUCUUCGAGCCCAAGUGACGGGUACCCGUGUGUACAAUCGCAAGAACAGUUCAAAGAACCCGCUAGAAAGGUUUUUAAAGAAAGUCCCUUUCGAAGUUUAGUAGCCGCCAAAAACCCCCAUAAUUUGUAAAUUUUUAAUUAUUCACUUGUCACUUACCUAUUUACCUAUUUACCUAUUUACCUAUUUACCUAUUUACCUAUUUACCUAUUUACCUAUUUACCUAUUUAUUUACCUAUUUACCUAUUUACCUACCUACCUACCUACCUACCUACCUACCUACCUUAUCUAUCUACCUAGUAGCUCCUUGGUAACUUUUAUUUCUUUUACACCAGUCACUAGGUAUCUUAUUAUAAGCAAGAUCUACCUUUCCACCACCACAUUACCACAUCAUCACAGUCUUUGAUCGGUGCAGUUCAAAAGUUUGGUCAAUUACCAAAAAAUCCCGUCGACGAAAAAGCCAGACAGUCAAAAGAAGCUUUUAGUCGCACAACACAACCAAUAACUCCCCUGCAAGCGUCAUAUGGGUGGGCAUUUCGUACUAGUACCAUAUCGAACCCCCCAAGUUCUAACACAGCUUUUCUCUACCGCACAGCGCCCGCAGAUCCAGCAAACAAAUUGAACACCCCACCAAAUUCCGACUUACGUUGAAUCGUAACACACUUCCACAUUCUACCCUUUUUUCUUCCUUUUUUCUACUUUUUCUGCCUUUUUUCUGCUUUUUCUGCUCCUUCAGAAUUGCGGUUCGUAUGUCAAAUUUUCUCUUUUAACUACACCUAAGUCCAAUUCCCCGUCACAUCCACAGACGCUUUUAUAUCUAUCCAUCACAAGCUAACACUUUAACCUUUGCGACAGAUGUCGAAGUACCUCAUCUAACGUCCCACAAGUAAAUUCUUGUGUGACCCCUAGAGCUUCUAUUCCUUACCUCGAAGUGCGUACCUGCAUAUCGGAAUCUUUAGAAUACCCCAAAUCGAACGUGCGACAGGCUCACUGGUGAGAGGGUGACAGAUAUGGCGUGGCAGCCGGAACAAGAGGCUUUGAGGCAAUUGUCAGGAUGCUUAAAAGACUCGUUAAGUGGCCAUGACAAGAAUGCUCAGAAGCAGGCCGAGAUUGUAAGCUUUCUUCUUCGAGGAUACAUAACCUACGAUGUCGUCGUUUUUGCAAAGCUCGAUCUAAUUAUCAUACCAAACAGAUGCUGUCCCAAGCAAAGUCUUCUCCCGAUAUCAACAAUUACCUUACCUACCUGUUUUCGCACUCGGAGGUCCCAUCAGGCUUGACGUAUACUCACAAUGAAUACUUUGCGAUUCGAUCGGCAGCAGCCGUAAUGCUGAAGAAUAACAUCAGAUCUGGGUACAAAUCAAUACCUCCUGAAAGUCUAUCUCUUAUACAAUCUUCUGUUCCAUUGGCCCUCCAAGAUAAAACCCCAACCAUACGAAACUACGCUGGAAAUGUGAUCACAGAAAUUGUUAGUAAGGGAGGGAUAUUGGGUUGGCCUCAGAUAUUGCCAGAUUUGCUGGCUUUGAUUGGGAAUACAGAUGGUACAAUUUCACCAGAGGCACAGGAAGGUGCCAUGGCAGCUCUGUCGAAGAUCUGUGAAGAUAAUCGAAAAAUGCUGGACAAAGAGUAUCAAGGGCAACGACCACUCGCUUUCAUUAUUCCGAAACUUAUUGAGUUUGCUGCGAAUGAAAGGCCAAGAAUAAGAACUCUGGCCUUGACCAGCUUGAAUAUCUUCAUUCCGCACAAACCGCAAGCCUUACUUGUAUCUCUAGACGACCUUCUUAACCGCCUCUUCCAGCUCGCCAGCGACCCCUCAAAUGAAGUUCGCCGACAGGUCUGCCGAGCUUUUGUCCAGAUUGUGGAGAUUCGACCUGACAAGAUCCUCCCCCAUAUCGGUGGUCUGGUUGAUUAUAUGAUAGCACAGCAACGAAAAACUGAUGACGAGGAGUUAGCAUGCGACGCCGCCGAGUUUUGGCUUACUGUUGGGGAGCACGAUGAAUUGUACACUGCCCUAGGUCCAUAUCUUGACAAAAUUAUACCUGUGUUACUUGAGAGUAUGGUAUAUAGUGAAGAAGAUAUUGCCAUGCUUGAAGGAGGAGGCGAUGAUGCCGACAUUGAGGAUCGCGCUGAGGACAUCAAACCAAAGUUUGCGAAAAACAAGGCUGCUAGGAUGCAAGCAAAUGGUGCAAACAGUGGCGCUGCAAACAGUGAUUACGCCAAGCUCGCAGGCAUGGAUGACGAUGACCUUGAUGACGGGGAAAUAGGCGACGACGAUGACGAUGAAGCCCCCGAAGACAGAUGGAAUUUAAGAAAGUGUUCAGCUGCGGCACUUGAUGUUUUCGCAAACGAUUUCCGCGAACCAGUCUUCGAAACGAUCCUUCCAUAUUUGAUGACCAAUUUACGACAUCAGGAAUGGCCAUAUCGAGAAGCAGCGGUUCUGGCUCUCGGCGCUGUUGCUGAAGGCUGUAUGGCUGUCGUUACUCCACAUUUGCCUGACCUGGUACCCUACCUGAUCUCACUCUUGAACGAUCCUGAACCCUUACUUAGGCAAAUCACUUGCUGGACUCUUGGUAGAUACUCUGCUUGGGGUGCUGGGCUUCAAGAUGCGAAUCUUCGAGCACAGUUCUUCGAGCCUAUGAUGGAGGGCAUCCUGACAAAGAUGUUGGACAACAACAAGAGGGUACAGGAAGCUGGUGCAUCGGCCUUCGCACAUCUCGAAGAGAAAGCAGGUGCCAAUCUCACGCCGUAUUGCAAACCAAUCAUUCAGCAAUUUGUCACGUGUUUUGAAAAAUACAAGGACCGUAAUAUGUUCAUUCUUUACGACUGCGUUCAAACACUGGCCGAGCAUGUAGGCCAAGGUUUGGCACAGCCAGAGCUUAUCCAUCUAUUGAUGCCGGCACUUAUCCAUCGAUGGCACAAAGUUUCUGAUCAAUCACGAGAAUUGUUCCCACUCUUAGAAUGCUUAUCGUAUGUCGCUACUGCUUUGGCGGAAAGCUUCGCCCCAUUUGCCGCCCCCGUUUUCACGAGAUGUGUGACAAUCAUCCAUCAAAAUCUGAAAGAAUCCGUGGCGGCGGUCAAUAAUCCAGGGUUAGAUGCUCCGGACAAGGAUUUUCAAGUAACUAGUUUGGAUUUAUUGAGCGCUAUUAUCCAAGCAGUUGACGAUAAGCAAUCUGCAGCGCUCGUAUCCGGCUCGCAGCCCCAACUUUUUCAACUUCUCGUAUAUUGCAUGGAGGAUCCUGAGAACGACGUCCGCCAAUCAUCCUACGCAUUAUUAGGUGAUUGUGCAAAAUACGUAUUUUCACAGCUACGAGAUUUCCUCCCUACGCUGCUCCCUGUGCUAAUUAGACAACUUGACCUUGAUUCGAUUGUUGAUGAGCACAUUGAAUCGACUUUUAGCGUGCUCAAUAAUGCAUGCUGGUCUGCAGGUGAAGUUGCGAUGCAAUACCAAAAUGAUUUGGCUCCAUACGUCCCCGAAUUGUCCAAAAAGUUCCUCGAAAUACUGACCAAUCAAAUGGUGCCAAAGUCUGUUAAUGAGAACGCAGCCAUAGCUCUAGGGCGAAUGGGUUUAUUCAACGCUGAGAUACUUUCACCACACUUGGCCACCUUUUCUCAACCAUUCCUGAAGGCUCUCGAAGGCGUUGAUCAAACCCUGGAAAAGGCUACUGCUUUCAAGGGGUUUUUGUCGAUUGUUAUGUUAAAUCCACAGGCCAUGGAGAAAACUUUGGCGCAACUCAUCACCGAGAUAGCAAAAUACGGAAAGGAUGCUGAACCUGGCGGUACGUGGAAUGCUGAGUUGCAACAGGCAUUCCAGCAGGUAAGAUGUCGAAUUUCACCCUGAUGAAUUUUGAACGUAGCUAACAUCUGUGUCUCCUGUCGCAGGUACUUGAUCUUUACAAAGGUUUAAUUCCGGAUCUCAAUGCAUUUCUCAGCAGCAAUAUUUCCUCCACAAAUAUCACUGCGUUGAGAUCAACAUACAACCUGUAAAUAUCGACAUGAACAAGGUGGCUUCGGAUUCAUUCGCAAAUCCAAGCAUAUUGCAAUCUCGGAAUUGAAAUGUUCACAAUAUGGGCAGGCUGGCGUAUACGGGCUAUGAGUUGAAUAAGGAUAUAAGCAAGCUAAUACUUGCCGUUUGAUGUUGAAAGGAGAAAGUCAACCAGCAAGCAGGCAGGAGCUUGUGUGCAAAACAUGCAUGGAACAUUUGUAUUUACAAAAGAUAUUAACGCGAGGAAGGUUACGUCUUAUGGGAUGGAUGGAUGGUGAUGAUUGAAGCGAAUAGUAUUAGUGGUUUGGCGGAGGGUUUGAUGAACGGAUGAGGCCUAGAGGAAAAUAGCACACAACAUUGUGGCUCAAGGGAUGGCAUAGGGAUCAAAAUUCUCCUUCCUUAUUUUCUUUCAGUUCAGCUUGCAUAGGUGGCCUGGAGUGGCGGACAGGUAUGAUGUAUGGACUGAUGCUAGCAUCUAUCAUCAUGCACGACGAUGAUCAUAGGGUGGAUGAAACGGCGAGCAGGACCAUUUAGAUAGAUAUACUUGAUCUCUUAUACCUCUUUUACCUUCUACCUCCUCGUCAUUCUUAGUAGGGUGGAGACCGAAGGAAGAAGUGAAAGCAUCUUGAUGAAGAAUGAAGAUGUGAAGGACAUAAAAAGGGUUGAAGGCAUGGGGCUUCGAGGUGGCAAUCCUUUUCUUUUGGCAAGCAUAGCGAUGAGAUUUGUUAUAUCACAUACUUAGUUAGAUACCGUAGAUAGAUAUUAGUUAGGAAGGAUUGGUAUGAUGGAUCGAUCGUACAUAGUGGUAUAGAGAUUUUAAACCAUUAGAUCGGGAC